UGCACCAGGAUGGCUCUGCGAUGGACUUCAGUUCUUCUGCUGAUACAACUCAGUGGUUACUUUAGCCCUGGGACUUGUGGAAAGGUGCUGGUGUGGCCCACGGAAUACAGCCACUGGAGGAAUAUGAAGAUAAUCCUGGAUGAACUUGUCCAGAGAGGACACGAGGUGACCGUCCUGGCAUCUUCAGUGUCUGUUCUUAUUGAUCCCAGCAAAACAUCUGCUAUUAAAUUUGAAGUUUUUCCUACAUCUUUAAGUAAAGAUGACUUUGAAGGUUUUUUAAUGAAACUGCUCGAUAGAGCAAUAUAUGAUCUUCCAAAAGACACAUUUGGGUCGCACGCUUCAAAAAUAGAAGAAAUCAUGUGGGAAUUUUCAGAAGUUUUGAGACAGCUUUGUAAAGAUGCGGUUUUAAACAAGAAACUUAUGACAAAGCUACAAGAGUCAAAGUUUGAUGUCCUUCUUGCAGAUGGCGUUGGUCAAUGUGCUGACCUGCUGGCUGAGAUACUUAAAACACCCCUUGUAUAUAGUCUCCGCUUCUCUCCUGGCUACACAAUUGAGAAGCAUAUUGGAGGACUUCCAUUACCUCCUUCCUAUGUACCUGUAGCUAUGUCAGAAUUAAGUGAUCGAAUGACAUUCAUGGAGAGGGUAAAAAAUAUGAUAUUUGUGCUUUAUUUUGACUUUUGGUUCCAAGGAUGUGAUAUGAAGAAGUGGGAUCAGUUUUACCUUGAAGUACUAGGCAACAUGAUAGUGCCAGACAUGGAAGACUUUGUCCAGAGCUCUGGAGAGAGUGGUGUGGUGGUGUUUUCUCUGGGAUCAAUGAUCAGUAACAUGACAGAAGAAAGGGCCAAUGUGAUUGCUUCAGCCCUUGCCCAGAUCCCACAAAAGGUUAGACAAACUUGUCAUCCAAAAACCAAGGCUUUUAUAACUCAUGGUGGAGCCAAUGGCGUCUAUGAGGCCAUCUACCACGGGGUCCCUAUGGUGGGCAUUCCUUUGUUUGCGGAUCAACCAGACAACAUUGCUCACAUGAAGACCAAGGGAGCAGCUGUCAGAGUGGACUUUAACACAAUGUCAAGUACAGAUUUGCUCAAUGCUUUGAAGACAGUCAUUAAUGACCCUAUGCACCUUCGGGUUGCAGCCCACGACCUCACCUGGUUCCAGUACCACUCUCUGGAUGUGAUUGGGUUCCUGCUGGCCUGUGUGGCAACUGUUGUGUUCAUCAUCACAAAAUGUUGUCUGUUUUUUUGCCGGAUGUUUGCUACAGCAGGAAAGAAGAACAAAAGGGAGUAAUUAGAUCUAGGCCUGAUCAUGCAUAAUAAAGAGGUGUCCCAUGGAAGAAGGGGACCCAAGUCCCGGUGGAUGUGCCAGCCUUUAGGUGAUCUAAUGUACCUGUUGAAGAACAGGGAAAAAUGAAAAUGUUGAUCUUUUCACUGAUCUUUCUUUUGUUAAUUUGUUCUGUGUAUCAGAUGGAGAUACAAGUCCUUAGUGACGAUUUCCCUGGAUUAUUUUCUCUUCUCCUGAUCUGUCUCACAGCUGGGUUUGUCAUCCUAGACCUCAGUUGGUGAAUUUGUUCUCGUCUAUGAUGGCUGAAUUUUUAGAAAUGGUUUCUCGGAUCACCUACAGGGUGCAAUAAAUAGCUCCACACUCAGAGAAGCCUUGUCUUCUACUUGCCCCUCCCGCUAUCAGAUGUUAUGUACCAGGUGACAGCAAGGACUCACAAUCCUACUAGUAUCUUAGACACCAAGCGGCGUAAAAUCUCUCUUAUCAGGUAUCCUCCAUGUCACCUUGUCAAUCCUCAUGUUUGUAGUUGUUCCUUAUGCCAUUUGUCACUUGAUCAAUUGUGGCAUUCUUUAUUUUUAUAAAUCUACUGCCAAAGCUUUGCAAUUACAUAAAUAAACAUAAACCUUUCAUCUAAAACAUCACCCCAUUCAGCAGGAAGUAGGUUGAUGAUUAUGUCACCCCUCCUCCCAUAGAUACGGAAGGAUAUAUUUGACAGUAGGGAAUAUGUAACAGGGAAAGACCGAGAACCGUUGAAAUGUGUUGCAACAGGUCUCUUUAAAACCUCCCCGACUCUUUUUGAGAAUUAAAACCUCCAUGCCUGCCCCAAACCAGUAGUCAGGAGGCACAGGGAAGUGUCUUUUUUUCUUUGUACUAGAGGACUUGGCUCAAUGGAAAUGGCCCAGGAGAGGUCAUGAGAUUGUCUUUGCUCGAGAUGGGAUUGAUAAUAGCAAUCAACUGUUGUUAAAUAGCAAUACCUUGAAGAUGAAUACCCUCCCUUUAAAACCUCUGUAUUUAUGCUAAUAGAGAGGAAGCUGGCAUUACAAGACAAGAGUCUCCGUCCUCCUCAUUUGUC